UUUGAUCCUUCAUCUUGAUUUACAGACACUCAGCAUCAAUUCAGUGCAAAAAAAAGUGAUUGUGGCAUCAUUCAUUAAUUUCAGGGGAUUAGGGAAAAUAGAUAAAGCUUUUAUUCCACUGCUGGAAGAAGUCUGUUUGUGGCAUCCUUCGUUGAUUAGCUGCCAAAGGAAAAGAAGUCGCAUGUUUAGUGAAUGGGCAUUCACAGCUUUAUUAGGUCUGGAUCAACUUCGCUCUGGACUUCUUCAGCAACAAAAACCUUUUAUACAAGCUCCCAGCCCUUUCAUCAGCUUCAAAUGCUGACACCACAACACCAGCAACAACUUAUGCUUGCCCAGCAAAAUUUGACAUCCCCAUCUGCCAGUGAUGAUAGUAGAAGACUAAGAAUGCUAUUGAAUAAUCGAAGUAUGGGGCUUGGAAAGGAUGGUCUUUCAAAUUCCGUUGGCGAUGUAGUGCCAAAUGUAGGAUCACCUCUUCAAGCUGCAGGCUCUAUGAUGCCUCGUGGAGAUACAGAUAUGCUGAUGAAGGUCACAAAAAACCAGCCUGGGAGGAAGAGAAAGCAGCCGGUGUCAUCUUCAGGCCAUCAUGUGUCCCCCUGUGGCUUACGCUCAAUACAUGAGAAUAAUGGAGACUGGUUUAGCUUGUAAUCCAUAUUUGAAACCGUUGAACAGAUCACAAUUUCCAUUAAAAGCUAAAAUAUUUAGAUAGAGAAA